CCUGCCUGGAGACUCAUGACGCGGCCCCAGUUCUCACUCCCAUUGGGUGUCCGGUUUCUAGCGAGGCCAAUCAGCGUCUCCGCGGUUCUGGGUUAUAAAGUCUGCAGGACGCGCCACGACUCAGAUUCUGCCCAAACCCCCAGAAUGAGGGUUAUGAUGCCGCCAACUUUCCUCUUGCUGCUCUCAGGGACCCUGACCCAGACCUGGGCGGGCUCCCACUCCAUGAGAUAUUACAAAACCGCCGUGUCCCGGCCUGGCCGCGGGGAGCCCCGCUUCGUCGCCGUCGGCUACGUGGACGACACGCAGUUCGUGCGGUUCGACAGCGACGCCGCGAGUCCGAGGAUGGAGCCGCGGGCGCCGUGGGUGGAGCAGGCGGGGCCGGAGUAUUGGGAAGAAGAGACGCAGAAAAUGAAGGGCCACGAACAGAAUUUCCGAGUGGGCCUGAACACCCUGCGCGGCUAUUACAACCAGAGUGAGGCAGGGUCUCACACCUUCCAGAAGGUGUCUGGCUGCCACGUGGGGCCGGACGGGCGCCUCCUCCGUGGGUAUAAACAGUAUGCUUACGACGGCGCCGAUUACAUCGCCCUGAACGAGGACCUGCGCUCCUGGACCGCGGCGGACACGGCGGCUCAGAUCACCCAGCGCAAGUGGGAGGCGGCCGGUGAGGCUGAGUACGACAGGAACUACCUGGAGGGCCCGUGCGUGGAGUGGCUCCUCAGAUACCUGGAGAACGGGAAGGAGACACUGCAGCGCGCGGAACAUCUUUGCAGGUCCGAAUCCAACUUUGCUGAGUCAUUCACCCUCCACCCAGGUCAGGACCAGAAAACCCCCAAAAGUCACGUGACCCAUCACCCUAUCUCUGACCAUGAGGUCACUCUGAGGUGCUGGCCCCUGGGCUUCUACCCUGUGGAGAUCACCCUGACCUGGCAGCGUGAUGGGGAGGACCUGACCCAGGACAUGGAGUUUGUGGAGACCAGGCCUGCAGGGGAUGGGACCUUCCAGAAGUGGGCGGCUGUGGUGGUGCCUUCUGGGGAGGAGCAGAGAUACACGUGCCAUGUGCAGCACGAAGGGCUGUCUGAGCCCCUCACCCUGAGAUGGGAGCCGCCGCCUCAGCUCAUAAUCCCCAUCGUGGGCAUCGUUUCUGGCCUGGUUCUCCUUGGAGCUGGAGCUGUGAUGUGGAGGAAGAAGUGCUCAGGUGAAAAAAGAAGGAGCUCUGCUCAGGCUACUGACAAUGACAGUGCCCAGGGCUCUGAUGCAUCUCUCAUGGAUCCCAAAGUCUGAGACAACUGCCUUGUGGGGGAUGGAGUGAUGCAAGAUUAAUUCACACCUCCCCUUGUGACACAAGAAUCCUUGACUUCUCUUUCUGCAACUGGCAUCUGAAUGUGUCUGUGUUCUUAUCAGCAUAAGGUCAGGAGCGGAGGAGAUUAGCCCACUGCCGGUCCACCAUGACUCCCUCCCUACACUGAUCUGUGUUCUUUUUCCUGAUCGACUUUCCUCUUCCAGCAGAAGUGAGAGUGGCCUGUCUCCAUCCUUGUCUUAACUUCAUGUGGCAAUGAGUAGUAAUGACUUGCUUCCUUAUUGAAAAUAUGAAUCCAGAUAUGAAUUUUUUUCUAUUUCUUGUCUAAGGGAUUGAUGUUUGAAUUAAAGGAGAAAUUUCCUAAAGUUUGGGAGAGGAAAUAAAUGGAAGCACUGAGAACCUUCUAGAAUUCAUGUGUUUGCUGUGCCGAGCCUGUUGCAGGUUGGGACAGGAGAGGGCUGUGAGGAGCCGAGUGUGGACGGGGCCUGUGUCCACUCAGUGCUCAGUGCAUCGUGGGCUGUGAUAUUGUCAUUCCUCGGCUGGGUCGUCUCUCUCCUCCUCUGUUCUGGUCCCUUCAGUAGAACCUUGCCCCACCAGGACCUGUAAUCACAAGGACUCAGACAUCACCUGGGCGUUGUCAUGUCUUCAGGACCAUGGACAGCGAGAGCUUCGUGUGGCUUGGUCCGCCUAGGCUCAGG